AUUGUGCUGCCUGAUUACUAUUCUCCAGAAGGGAUGGGCUUGAUAGUCCCUAAAACUAAGGAUGGUCGUGUUGUAUUUAUGUUACCGUGGUUGGGAAGAACAGUAGCAGGUACCACUGACUCUAACACGUCAAUCACUGCACUUCCAGAACCUCAUGAAGAUGAGAUUCAAUUUAUACUGGAUGCAAUCAGCGACUAUCUUAACAUUAAGGUACGACGUACUGAUGUUCUUUCGGCUUGGAGUGGUAUCCGUCCAUUGGCCAUGGAUCCAACGGCCAAGAGCACAGAGAGCAUCUCCAGAGACCAUGUUGUCUUUGAGGAAUCUCCUGGUCUGGUUACAAUCACGGGUGGAAAAUGGACAACUUACCGAAGCAUGGCGGAAGAUGCAGUUGAUGCAGCAAUCAAAUCGGGAAAGCUAAGUCCAACCAAUGAAUGUGUAACGCAGAAACUACAGCUCCUGGGUUCUUAUGGAUGGGAACCAUCUUCCUUCACAACUCUUGCACAGCAAUACGUGCGAAUGAAGAAAACCUACGGUGGUAAAGUGGUUCCUGGAGCAAUGGACACAGCUGCUGCAAAGCAUUUGUCUCAUGCCUAUGGUUCAAUGGCUGACCGAGUUGCCACCAUAGCUCAGGAGGAGGGUUUGGGGAAACGGUUGGCGCACGGGCAUCCGUUUUUGGAAGCAGAAGUUGCUUACUGUGCAAGGCACGAGUACUGUGAAUCAGCGGUUGAUUUCAUAGCAAGGAGAUGUAGAAUCGCGUUCUUGGACACAGACGCAGCGGCGCGGGCGUUGCAGCGUGUGGUGGAGAUUCUAGCAAGUGAACACAAGUGGGACAAGUCGAGGCAGAAGCAGGAAUUGCAAAAGGCUAAAGAGUUUCUUGAAACUUUCAAGUCUUCCCAAAACGCACAGUUUAACGAUGGCAAACACAACUAAAGCGGCCUCUCAGAAAUUACACUACACUAUACUACUACUACUUUAUUGAAUUGAUUAUUUACUAUUUUCCAAUUUGUUGGAUUUUUUGGGUAGCGACUAGCGAGAACGAAUGAUAAUAAUACUAUACAAAUGGAAUAAUACGGCGGCUACUCACGUUUCUCGGAAUAUACAAUUGUGUUUUUCUUG